AAACUGAACCAGUCGUUGAGACACGAAGCAGAAAUGGAGCAGAAAGGAGUUCAGCUGGAUCAGGAAACAAUUUCCUGUUCCAUCUGUUUGGAUCUACUGAAGGAUCCGGUGACUAUUCCCUGUGGACACAGCUACUGUAUGAGCUGUAUUCAAACCCACUGGGAUGGAGAGGAUGGCAAGAACAUCCACAGCUGCCCUCAGUGCAGACAGACCUUCACACCCAGGCCUGUCCUGGUCAAAAACACCAUGUUUGCAGAUUUAGUGGAACAGCUGAAGAAGACUGGACUUGAACCAGCUGCUGCUGAUCACUGCUAUGCUGGAGCUGAAGAUGUGGCCUGUGAUGUGUGCACUGGGAGGAAAUUGAAAGCUGUCAAGUCCUGUCUGGUGUGUUUGGUCUCCUACUGCCACAAACACCUUCAGCCUCAUCAUGAAUCUGCUGCCUUUAAGAAACACAAGCUGGUGGAUCCGUCAGAGAAGCUCCAGGAGAACAUCUGCUCUCGUCACGGUGAGGUGAUGAAGAUGUUCUGCCGCACUGAUCAUCAGUGUAUCUGUUAUCUGUGCCCUGUGGAUGAACAUAAAGGCCACGACACAGUCUCAUCUGCAGCAGAAAGGACUGAGAGGCAGACAGAGCUGGAGGUGAGUCGACAGAAAAUCCAGCAGAGAAUCAAAGACAAACAGAAAGAUGUGAAGGUGCUUCAACAGGAGGCGGAGACCAUCAGUCGCUGCGCUGACGAAGCAGUGAAGAAGAACCACAAGAUCCUGACUGAGCUGAUCCGACUGAUGGAGGAAAGAAGGCGUGAUGUGGAGCGGCAGAUCAGAUCCAAGGAGGAAACUGAAGUGAGUCGAGUCAAAGAGCUGGAGUCGAAGCUGGAGCAGGAGAUCACUGAGCUGAGGAGGAAAGACGCUGAGAUGGACAAACUGUCACACACACAUGACCACAACCAGUUUUUACUCCAGUACCCAUCAGUGUUCCAACUCAGAGAAGAUCCAGACUCACCCCACAUCCACGUCCAUCCUCGGAGUUACUUUGAGGAUGUGAUGACAGCUGUGUCAGAGCUCAGAGAUAAACUCCAGCUCAGUCUGAGAAAGGAACGGACCAACAUCUCACUGAGCAUCACUCAAACACAGGUUCUACUAGAACCAGAACCACAGACCAGAGCAGGAUUCUUACAAUAUUCACGUCAAAUCACACUGGAUCCAAACACAGUGAAUGAACGUCUGUCACUGUCUGAGGAGAAUAGAAAAGUAACAGGUAUUAGUCCAAGACAGAACUAUCCUCCUCAUCCAGACAGAUUCAUUUACUAUCGUCAGGUCCUGAGCAGAGAGAGUCUGACUGGUCGAUGUUACUGGGAGGUGGAGUGGAGGGGGGGGGACGUUAAGGUCGCAGUUGCAUAUAAGGAUAUUAAGAGAAAAGGAGACGCUGAAUGUGUAUUUGGAUUAAAUGAGAACUCUUGGGCUUUAUAUUCUAUAGAUAACUCUUCUGGAUUUCUUCAUAACCGUGUCAGGUCUUGUUUCCCAGGUCCAGUUUCCUCCAGAAUCGGAGUGUACCUGGAUCACACAGCAGGUAUUCUGUCCUUCUACAGCGUCUCUGAAACCAUGACUCGGAUCCACAGAGUCCGGACCACAUUCACUAAACCUCUGUACGCUGGACUUUGGCUUUGUGGUAGUGGAUCCACUGUCCACUUUCCUAAACUCCAUUAAACUCAUCGUUGACUUUGAUCCAGUUGAUCAGAUCAAUCUUUUCGUAUCUGUCUCUAAACCACACGAAACAAAAACAGAUCAACUUUUUUUUUUUUCUCUGAGCUCACAAUCCAGAUUUGGUCCCAUUCAGACUUUUUUCGUGAGAAUUCUAAUAGUCAAGUGUGUGUGACUGUCAACCAGCCAAUAGUGUGUUUGUAGAACCAUCUGUGAUGUUCACAGAGCUGUCAUUAACGGAGGAGCACACAACCAGACUGAUGGUGUCUGUGCUUUGGACCGAGUCAAACAAAGUGGAGCCGUUUUUCCACUUUGGACGAGUUGAGUUCAAAUUGACUGUUCCGUCCUGUUUCCGACAGAAGAAGCAUGGACAUGGAUUUGGAGAGGACGUAGAAGUGGAGAUCAUGAACUGACUCAGACGGAGGCGGAGCUCAUGCACGGAAACCUGUUCAUCUGAUUGAGUUCAUUCUGUUCCAUCUGAGCAUGUGCAAGAAAACAGAACUGAGAGAAAACACACGUGAUUUAGUCAAACAUGAGCUGAAGACCAGAACAGGAAGUUGGAUUCUAUCGUCACUACGUAUGUACAAACCCCCAAAGAAAUCCAAUAAUGGACGGAAACACGGUUUUUCCAUGAUUUCUGAAGUGCAUUUAAACGCAUCAUAUCUGAUUAUUCCAUUUAUCUGAUUAUUAACAGUUAUUGUUUUUUUUUUUAUGGUCGUGUAAACGGGCUAAAAAUGUUGGAUGAUCCAGUUCGAUAGAUAGAUGUCCACCAUCUUAGAAAAUGGACACAUUUGUCCUUAAAGCCUGAGGCGUGACUUUGUUCAAUGACGUAGAAAAUACUGAUGUUGUAAAUAUGAGAACACUGUAAGAAAUGAUUCAUGGAGCUAGUAAGUUAAGCUUCAAAUCAAGAGCUUUUUCUGCUUAAAAAAUUAAUUUUGUUACAUGUACACAUUGCAAUCAGUUGAUUACAGUUCGUUUAUUAAGUUGGUCUAAAUGAAAAAUAAGGAAACAGUCUUAACUUCGUAACAUCGAUUUUGAACAGACAUUUCUGCCUUAACUUAGCAUAGAAGUAGAUUAAGUUAGUACAGCUCAAAAAUCUUGUAAGCCUCCUUUAAAAGCUGAGUACAAAGUUGAUGUGCCAGACCACGCCUACCACAAGAAAUGGAGGGAAGCACCAAAAGAAAAGGGAGAAACACGAUUUUACACAGAACUUUACUAAACUUUACCGCUUGAUAAGUAGAAUUUAGCUUAGCUUUAUUCACAACAGCUAAUAACUAUCAAAUCAAACGACAAGAAAUGGUUUUUACACCACACUAAAGUCUUUUCCUCAGCUAAAGGUGGUAACGUUUAAGCUAGCAACGUAAGACUUUUAGCUAAUUGAUGUAGCAAUUUAAAAAUAAUCAGCAAAAUGAGCAAAAAUAAAAUUAAUCACAAAAUGUAUAAAAUAAUCAACAAAAUUAAAGAAAAAUAAUUAACAUGAGUAUAAAUGACCAAUUCGGAAUUUCCAGAGGUCUCUGUCCAAUGGAUCAAUAAAGUUCUAUUGAAUCUACAACAAAUUGAACAAAAAUGAACAAAAUAAUCAACAAUAUUAACAAAGAAUUCAAAAAUUAAGCAAUUACGCAGCAAAAUACACAAAAUGAGCAACAACAUAAACAAAUAGGAUGGUAAUGUUUAAGCUAGUAAUGUAAGACUUUUAGCUAACUGCUGUAACAAUUCCACCAUAACAUUAGUCUGGUUAGAUUUGGUUUUACAGAAGCCGAAUGGUGUUAUGGUUAUUAACUGGCACUGAAUUUCUGCAACAGUAGUUUUAAUUAUGCAAGGACCGGAUAAUACAUGUUUUGCUCCUUUCUAAUUUAAAAUUGUAGUUUAUAUUGUGGCGUGUUUGCUGCAUUGCAUUGUGGGUAUUGGGUAUAUUGUUGAAAAUGUGUUAUUUUUCUGUGCAAGGGUUCAGCAGGGUUAUGGUGUUGGUGUUAAUUUGGAGUUAAGGUGUGCAUGGUGAUGUUUUUGGCCUUUGUGUGUUUAUUUUUGUUUUUUGUUUUUUAACUGCACCGUGAGUCAGAGCCAGAGGCCAAACAAUGCCUUUCCUGUUGAUCCAUAUUUGAAUUGAACUGGUUCAGUAUAGUCCUUCAUUGCCAAACAUAUGUAGUCUAGUGGUAUUGAAGUCAUGGAGACUUCAGUAUUGUGUGCCACUGAGAAGUCAACUUGUAGAUAGCUCUGGAAAAUGGGUUGCAUGAUGAUAGAAUAAACAGCUUGAUCAUGAAACUGGAAGAUCAAUGUGUAAUUAUUUCUGAUUUACAGAAAUGAGUUAGGCCUACUCACAAAACUAAGGGAACUAUUUGCAUGGACGUUGUUGAAUAGAAUAAAAGUAAAAAAGUAAGUCAGCAUAACUAAAUGGAGUUGUUUUUACACAAUAAAAAUUAAGUUGAUUCGGUUUAAUUAAGCUCAUAGAGUAAAUGAUGUUGUUUAUACUUAGGUAAUAGAGUUUGCCGGACUAGAGAAGUCUUGUGGCAUUUACACAAUUAUGGUCAAGUUGAAAUA